AUGCCUAGAGUUGAAUCAGAGACUUACAAACGUUUACAAAAUGACCCUUCCUGCGUAAGAAAUAUCUGCAUUGUUGCGCAUGUUGAUCACGGUAAAACUUCCCUUUCAGACUCUCUUUUGGCCUCAAAUGGUAUUAUAUCACAAAGACUGGCCGGUAAGAUCCGAUUUCUAGAUGCUAGACCUGACGAACAAUUGCGUGGUAUCACAAUGGAAUCAUCAGCCAUAUCUCUUUAUUUUAGGGUAUUGCAUAAACAAGAAGGUUCCGAUAAGCCUCUAGUAAACGAGCAUCUGAUAAACUUAAUUGAUUCACCAGGUCAUAUUGACUUCUCGAGUGAAGUUAGUGCUGCUUCUAGGUUAUGUGAUGGGGCUGUUGUACUAGUAGACGUUGUCGAAGGAGUAUGUUCGCAAACAAUCACCGUGCUGAGGCAAUGUUGGACCGAAAAAUUGAGGCCCAUCCUAGUGUUGAAUAAAAUUGAUAGAUUGAUAAUUGAGUUACAACUUACCCCUCAAGAAGCUUAUAUCCAUUUAUCAAAAGUCAUUGAACAAGUUAACUCAGUUAUCGGGUCUUUCUUCGCAAAUGAAAGGCAACUGGAUGACUUGUCCUGGAGGGAACAAUUAGAACAAAAUGAAAACGCUGAAUAUGUUGAAAAGGACGAUUCAGGAAUUUACUUUAAUCCUACUGAUAACAACGUUAUUUUUGCCUCCGCCGUAGAUGGUUGGGGUUUUAACAUCGGUCAAUUGGCCAAGUUUUAUGAGCAAAAGUUAGGUGCUAGGAGGGAAAAUCUACAGAAAGUUUUAUGGGGUGAUUUCUAUAUGGAUCCCAAAACAAAGAAAAUUGUCAACACUAAAGGCCUGAAAGGAAGAUCUUUAAAGCCUCUUUUUACGUCAUUGAUCCUCGAAAACAUAUGGAAAAUUUACCAAAAUAUAAUCAUGUCAAGAGACUCUGAAAUGGUUGAAAAAAUAGCAAAAACCUUAAACAUCAAACUUCUUCCACGUGAUUUAAGGUCAAAGGAUGACAAACAACUACUAAGAAAUAUCAUGGGCCAGUGGCUACCCGUCAGUACAGCAGUGUUACUAACAGUUAUCGAAAAAUUACCCUCACCUUUGGAAUCACAAACGGAUCGUUUGGAUACUAUUCUUGCAUCUGGAGCAGACACAGCGGCCAUGGAUUCAAACCUGUUAGAAGCGAUGAAAGUAUGCAACAGAGAAGGACCAGUAAGUGCUUAUGUUUCUAAGAUGCUUUCAAUUCCGAUGGAGGAAUUACCUGUAGAAUCUAGUAGGGCAGUCUCAUCAGAUGACUUGAUGGAGAGAAGUAGGAAAGCACGUGAAGAAGCACUUAAUGCUGCAAAACAUGCUGGUAUGGUUGAAAAUAUGGCAAUUAUGAGUUCGAAUGAUAAUCUCAAAGAUACAACUGAUUUUUAUAAAAGGGCAAAGGAUACCGUCAUGACCCCAGAAGUGGGAGAGUACAUCAAGUCAAAACCCUCGGUAAGUAACGAUGUCUUCAGUGUUGUAACACAACCUUCUCCGGCCUUGGAUUUAGGCUUUGAGUACGAAGAAGGUGAUGAUACAGAUAUUCAAGAUGAUGUCGGUUUAGAAUUCGUACCAACCGAUAUAGAUACAAAUGAUCCUCUAAGUUCGAUGUUUGAAUACGAGGAAGAAGGUUCGUUUCCAAACAACACCCAACAAACACCAGAAUAUGUACAUGAUGAAGAGGAUGAUAUCUUUGACGAAAAGGAAGAAUCGCUGGUGGCAUUUGCAAGGAUAUACAGCGGCACAUUAAAAGUUGGCCAGGAAAUUUCGGUAUUGGGCCCCAAAUAUGAUCCAAAACGUCCUGACGAACACAUUGAAACUGCAGUAGUUACUCAUUUGUACUUGUUCAUGGGUAAGGAACUGGUUCCUUUGGAUGUUUGUCCAUCGGGAAAUAUAGUUGGUAUUCGUGGUUUAGCCGGCAAAGUUUUAAAGAGUGGUACUUUGAUAGAAAAGGGCGUGCAAGGUGUGAAUUUAGCGGGCGUUAAUUUUCAUUCUACUCCCAUCGUUCGUGUUGCUAUAGAGCCGGCAAAUCCUGUUGAAAUGAACAAAUUGGUACGAGGACUGAAAUUGUUAGAUCAAGCGGAUCCUUGCGUACACACAUACGUUGAAAAUACUGGUGAACAUAUUCUAUGUACGGCCGGUGAAUUACACUUGGAAAGAUGUCUAAAAGAUCUAACAGAAAGAUUUGCAGGAAUUGAAAUUACACAUUCCGAACCUGCCAUCCCGUAUAGAGAAACCUUCUUGUCAGUUCCAGACAUGAAUCCAUCAAAGAACGCCCAACUGGGAAGGGGCGUUCAUGAAUUACUAUUGAAUCAAUACAAGAUUACGUUUAGAACAGUCCCACUAAGUGAUAAAAUUACAACAUUUUUAUCACAGCAUCAAAAUAGCAUUAAAAACAUUUUGAGAGCCUCCACUUCAAAUAUUGAACCCAUCAUCGAAACGACUGGAGGUGCCCUUCUGGACAAUAACUCGUUUCUAACCGCUCUUGAAGAGGUUGUAUCUCAAGACGAAAAGAGCAGAGAAUUACUGAGUGGGUUUAAGACAAGCUUGGCAAGUUUGGGACCGAAUAGAGUUGGUUGUAACAUUUUGCUGUCAAACAAUAAUCUUCUUGGUAGUUUAUUCGAAGGCACCUCAGCAACUUUUGGAUAUUCAGACUCUAUUAAAAAUGGUUUCCAGCUGGCUGUUAGCGAAGGACCCUUAGCAAAUGAGCCCGUCCAUGGAAUGUGUGUAAUUGUUGAGAGCGUUCAUGAAAUGUCACAAAACGAAAUUGAUGCUAUUGAGGACCCACGCUAUCAGCAACAUAUUGUGGACCUAUCAGGCAGGUUGAUAACAUCCACAAGGGAUGCUAUACAUGAGGCUUUCCUAGAUUGGUCGCCAAGAAUUAUGUGGGCCAUCUACUCAUGCGAUAUACAGACCUCUGUUGAUGUUCUGGGGAAAGUUUAUGCAGUUAUUCUACAAAGACAAGGUAAAAUCAUUUCUGAAGAAAUGAAAGAAGGUACUCCAUUCUUUCAAAUCGAGGCGCACGUGCCCGUUGUGGAAGCAUUCGGUUUGAGUGAGGACAUCCGUAAAAGAACUUCCGGUGCAGCACAACCACAAUUGGUGUUUUCUGGAUUUGAAUGCAUCGAUUUAGAUCCGUUCUGGGUUCCAACCACUGAAGAAGAGUUGGAGGAACUAGGAGAUACGGCAGAUAGGGAGAAUAUUGCUCGUAAGCAUAUGAAUGCCAUUAGAAGGAGAAAAGGUUUGUUUAUUGAGGAGAAAGUUGUUGAAAAUGCUGAAAAACAGCGUACCUUGAAGAAGAAUUGA